UUAAGGACUUCAUUAUCAAUUUCACUCCAAUUUUUGGUCGUCACUCUCGUCGCUCCCUUGAUCGUUUUUAACUUUCGUUCGCUACGAGAGAAGAUUUUCUCCAGGGCCAAUGGUUGCACUUGAUUCCUAUUUCCACAGUACAAGGAAGAAUCUCUCUUCAUUGGAACCAAAUCUUUUUGGUUCGACUUGUAUGGGAGUCUACAGUUCCACUCAGGAAGCAGCACAAGAUUACUCUUGUGACAGCUGCGAUGAUUUGGCAACUGUAUCUUCGGCUUGUCGUGAUUUCGAUGAUUCAGCAUUGGAGAUGAGCUGCAGGUCUAAUGGAGAAGGCCGUGAGGUUCAAGAGGCUGGUGGUGGUGGUAGUGGCACAGCUUCAGGUCCAGGAUAUAAUACCAUGUAUGCGAGUGGAUGGAUGUACGGUAAUCAGCAAGGCGAGAUGUGUGGACCUUAUACGCAACAGCAGCUAUUUGAUGGCUUAUCCACUGGUUUUUUACCUGAGGAUCUUCUUGUAUACCCAAUUAUCAACGGUUAUAUGCAAAACUCUGUACCGUUAAAGUACUUCAAGCAGUUUCCUGAACAUGUGGCCACUGGCUUUGCGUAUCUACAAAUUGGAAUGAUGAAUGUAGUAGUCCCUAGUGCUAGUAAUAAGGACACUUUCCAUCAACAUGAGACUCAAUCAGAGCCUCAGGCAUUGCCUCCGCAGCCUAGUUCUAGUGGUUCUCUCUUGGAUCAGCAAAUGUUAAACCAGGAGGAAGUGAAUUUGUGGGCUUCAUUCAUCUCAUUGGGAAGCGAACAUGCUGGCUGGUUUGUUGUGGAUGCUGAGGGUAGAAAUCAUGGACCGCAUUCUUUGUUGGAGCUUUAUAAUUGGCUGCAGAGCGGAUAUGUUUCAGAUGCAGCCAUGAUACGGGAUGUUGAAAAUAAGUUAAGACCUAUCACAUUAGCGUCGUUAAUUGGUGUAUGGAGGGAUAAAUGUAGUGGUGAAAAUUGUGAGGAGUCAGUGUCUGGGGUGAGUUUAAUAUCUGAAGUAUCUGAAGAACUCUCUUCCCAGCUUCAGAGUGGAAUAAUUAAAAUAGCCAGAAGAGCUCUACUCGAUGAAAUCAUCAGUAGCGCAAUAUCAGACUUUUUUAAGGCGAAGAAAAGAGACGAGCAUCUCAAGUCUGAUCCACCCAGUUCUGCUGCCAAUGUUGUUAAAUGCAUAUCGUCUCAAGUUGUCAGUGCGGAGAAAACUGCUGUCUCAACCACUGAAGCAACAGGCUAUGAGAACAUAAAUAAGGAGAGGGAUCAUAGUCGAAUAGCUUCAGAGGCGCUCAAAUACACUAAAUCUGUUGGAAGCGCCGAGAACUUUCAGACAUCUUGCUCAGCUGUAUGUGGAACCCUUCACAACAGUUGCAUGCAAAUUAUGUGGAAUGCUGUCUUUUAUGAUACUGUGGCAACAUAUGCAUCAUCUUGGCGGAAGAACAAACUUUGGUUUCGUUCUCCUGAUAUCCCAACUGUUUCGAGCUACUGCAAGGGUUCCCGUACCAACUACUCAGGGAAAUCAGAAGCAGCUGAGAGUUUUACUUGUAGGGUGGAUUCCUCUUCCUGCAAAACUGCUAACUCUAAUGAAUUUGACUUAGCUACCAAAGCAGCAAGUUUUCAUGAACCGUCAUCUAGGAAAUUAACCUUACCAGGCAUUGAUGGAACAGAAAGCGUUGUAGCAAGCAUCUCGGAACACGUAGAAAGGGAGCUCUUUUUGUCUCUGGAAACUCACCUGACUGAUUAUAUUGGCGUUCUCAUUAAAGAUGGUGCGAACAAUGCUGCUCGUGCUGUCCAAGAUGGCAAAAUGCCUGAGGAAAACUCGUCAUCUUUUCAUGGUUCCCAUUAUAGUCUGGAAAAGUCUGGUGAAAAGGGAGAAUCCUCUGAGCAAAUAACAUCUGAGGAUAUUAUUGCUAAUAUUUUUAGUACAACAUUGCAGACAUCAUCAGACAGUCCUGUCAGUGAUGAAGUUGAUACUCUGGAUAUUCAUGAGCCACCACCACCUGGAUGUGAAAGCGGCAUUACAAUGCCAUCUCUGCGCUGUAACUUUCGGCCUGUAAGGUCCAAAGAAUCUGUUCCUGAGAUUGAAGAAUAUGUUGCAACGGCUUUAUGUAGACAGAAGUUGCAUAAUGUUGUUAUGAAAGAUUGGAAGUCACUGUUCAUGAAGUGUUCUCUUAAGGAAUUCGUUGCCUCACAGAAAGGAAGCCAUCAAGUUUCUCGCAAAAAAACGAUGGCCCCGAAGAAACUCAAAGCGAUUACUCAGAACAAAAAGCCAGUAAAGUCUAAUAUAUCAAGUCAUACAGCAGAGGAGCCAAAGAAACCAUCUGUUAGAUCUUCUGAAAAAAGUUUGGUUAAACGAUCUAAGAAACCUUUUAAAGAUACAGCCAGUAUAGAUUUGUCACUUAGGAAACCAAGUCAGCCGAAGAUAAGGAAUGCUGUCCAGCAGGAUCAAAUUAUCAUUAAGAACGUGACGAAGGUUCGGAAAGAAAAGGUUGGUAAAGAUGAUAACAUCAAGGUGAUUUGUGAGAAAAACCAAGAUGUUGGAAUGGCAGAUGAAUUUGAUGACGAACUUCUUAUAACAAGACUAAGAAGGAUAUCAAAGAGUAAAACAAAAGAGUUAGGAGAAGAUACAGACGCUGCAAAAUCCUGUGAGGGGAUUUCAUUGUUUGAUGAGGAAACCGUUGGCUGCAGAGAUCAUGAGGAAAAUCUUUCAAAUAAGUCUUCUCAGAAAGUGCAAAAAGCUCAUGUAUCAAAGCUAAAGAGAAAGAAUACAUCAGAAGUCGAAGGAGCACAAUCUUGCAGUGGAGCAGUGAGAGGAUUUACUGAGAUUUCUGGAAAAGACACUGAUACAGAAAGCCUCGGAUUUGUAACCAGGGAUAAGGUUUCCCCUGAACGCAAGAGACAAAAAAAAGAUGCUGCUAAAAGAAAAAAGAUUGUGGAGAAGUCUGCGUGCGGCGUAUCACAGAAGUCUCUUAAGUCAUCGGAAUCAUCAACUCCAAAGAGAAAGCAUUCAUUGGAUGAAGAUGUCCCGAGUGUACCCUCAUGUCGGAAAUUAUCACUUUCUUCCAAGGAUUCUGAGAGUGCUGUUGGAAAUGAAGGAAAACUUCCCGGCAAUAAAUCAAAUAAAAAAGGUUCCAAGAAAUUGACGCUUAAAAGGAAGCUAUUACCAAAACAUUCAGCAGAGCUUUCUCCCAUUGAGGAUUUGGCAGUGGAUAAUGACAGAGCUACGUCCAUUGCACUAAAACCAUUGGUAAAAUUGGGACCGAAAUCAAGCAAGAAAAAAGUGUUAGUGCCAAUGCCAAAGUCUGAUGGAUGUGCACGCACAUCUAUUAAUGGCUGGCAUUGGCGUGAAUGGUCAUUAAAGGCUAGUCCUAAAGAGAGAGCCAGGGUUAGGGGGAGUUCUUGCGUACACACGCAACAUUUUGGUUCCAAAAUUAGUUCGUCUCAGAACGUUCUUUCUGCAAGAACUAAUAGGGCAAAAAUGCGUAAUCUUCUAGCUGCUGCCGAUGGUGCUGACCUCUUAAAAGUUUCUCAGUUGAAGGCUAGGAAAAAGCGUUUGCGGUUUCAACAAAGCAAGAUUCAUGAUUGGGGUCUUGUCGCACUUGAACCAAUUGAUGCAGAGGACUUUGUAAUCGAAUAUGUUGGAGAGUUGAUACGUUCUUCUAUAUCUGAGAUACGUGAACGCCAAUAUGAAAAGAUGGGAAUAGGAAGCAGUUAUCUUUUCAGGCUUGACGAUGGCUAUGUGAUUGAUGCCACAAAGCGAGGGGGCAUAGCGAGGUUUAUAAACCAUUCAUGUGAGCCUAAUUGUUACACCAAGAUUAUAAGCGUGGACGGUAAGAAGAAGAUAUUUAUUUAUGCGAAACGGCAUAUUGACGCUGGUGAAGAAAUAAGUUACAACUACAAAUUCCCGCUUGAGGACAACAAAAUCCCUUGUAACUGUAAAGCGCCAAAGUGCCGUGGAUCGCUGAACUAGGAGGGAUGAGAAACUGAAUCAGGUGUUUACUAUGAACGAAUGUUGUUUGGGUUCAAGUGAAGAAGAUGGACGAAUCUACCUUUUGCAGUAUACAUCUCCAGUAGCAGAUGAGUCUUCCUCUCUUUGAACCCAAACUGUAACUAUUUUAUCCCACAUACUAACAAUUACAAAUAACUGAUUUUUUCUGUUUUUUUUUUUUAUACUUUUCUAGUUUUCUUUUGUUGUUGUUGUCAUCAACAACGAAAAAUAUUCAAUGCCAAGUCAAUAAUAAAUCUAUUUUAUUAUAAUAAAACUUAAUUCCUUAUGAAUUUAAAGGAACGAAAUUGAUCUUUAUUGUGUUUCGUGCAACAAAACAAAAGGCUAUUAUCGUUAAGCAUUUUUAAAUGUCAAUUGUAACAAAAAAAAUGCCAACUUAUAGAAAUUAGAUCUUUGUUGGAUUGGUUUCAUUUGAGCAGAAAGAAAAGAGAUUAUCAGUGUCAAGGCUCAAUGAAAGCUAAGAGGAAUUGUAAGAUAAAAUAAAGACUAGCAAUCUGAUAAUUCUAUUUCCACAACCCAAUUGUGCUUGAUAUGAAAAACAAAAUUGCUUCAUCAGACGCGAAAUGCACAGGCCAACUUUUGCUCUAUCUAGUUAAACGACAAAUGUUGGAGUAGUGUUCCCUUUCUUUCCCCUGACUGUUUGGGGUUUGCCAAAUAACAAUUUGUUCAUCGACUUCGUUUCUUGCCGUUGGGGUACCAAAUUUUC